AUGCAGACCCCAGAGUUUUGCCCCCCCAACAACGCAACCCUCUUUGAGCAAAUUUUCAACUCCGCCCUUUCAUCUGUGGUGAAAGAAGUUGGUGCAUCUGGAUUUACUACAAAAGAUGAGGAGACAUCUUCAGAGACAACAACAGAUUCAAUAUACAUUCUGGCACAGUGCAGAAAGGAUAAGUCCUCUACCGAUUGCAUUAAUUGCAUAAAAGUUGCAGAGAACCAAAUUCGCAACUGCUCCGGUGUGUCUGCCAAAGCAUACUACGAUGGUUGUUAUCUGUGUUACGAGAGUAUCUAUUUUUAUGAUCUAUACACUAAUACCACACAUAAACCGCUCUGCGGUGAUGUCGAUGCGGCCAAUUCCGAUUUAAUUUCGGCACCUGGUCGAAGUUUGAUAAGUGAUCUUUGCACUGCAACUCCACAAAUAAAAGAUUAUUUUGUUGCACAGACGAGGAACGGGCCAUCUAAUACCACUAUCUAUGGACUUGCCUUCUGUCUGUGUUCCAUUCAAGAGGAUUCCUGCAAAAAUUGCCUGAGUAUUGCUCAGGAAAACAUAAACAAGUGUUUUCCUCGCUCCGAGGGACGGGCUUUAGACGCCGGCUGCUACUUACGAUAUAGUUCCGAACCCUUUUUUCCAAGCAAUUCGACUAUCGAAUUAGCACGUUUCUUACCCACAGGGAAGAGGGUGAGUUCUCUAGAGUUGAUCAUAGUUGCUGUUGGGGGAGGGGUAUUCCUACUUGCCCUUCUAACUUGUAUCCUUGUCUUCCGGAAGCAGAUAGGGCGCCCAAGCCAGAAAAGAGCGGAUAGGGAAGGAGCAACUAAACUCCGUGAGCGAGAGGAUUUUGAUUUCAAGGUACUGAAAAAGGCAACUAACAAUUUUGAUCAAGCAAAUAAACUUGGAAAUGGAGGGUUUGGUGAAGUAUUUAAGGGUACAUUGAAAAAUGGCGAAGUUGUGGCAGUAAAGAAGCUGACAUUAGGUCACUCUGCCCGUGCAAUUUCUGAAUUCAAAAGCGAAGUGAAACUCAUUUCUAAUGUUCAUCACCAAAAUCUUGUGCGUUUACUUGGAUGCCGUACAGAUGACGUGGCACUGUACGGAUGCUUGCAUGGCCCUGUGACUGGGCAGAUCAUAUGGCGACGACAGGAGUACCGGGAGGAGAAACCGAGGCAACCGGAGGAAACCGAGGCAGCCGGGGAAAACCGAGGCGGAGGGCGGGGGAAGCGCUGGGGACCUGCGGGUGUCGUCGGCGGGAGCUGUUCGUUGCCGGCGGGUCACGGUAGUCGACGUCAGGUAUGGGUCUACGACUGCAUCGACGUCAGAGGAUACACAGCUCCUGAAUAUGCUAACCGUGGGCAAUUAACAGAGAAAGAUGACACCUAUAGCUUUGGUGUGGUGGUUCUUGAAAUUGUCAGUGGUAGAAAAAGCAUUGACUUUAAGCAACCACCUCAUAUGCAAUAUCUUCUUCAAUGGGUUUGGAGCCUAUACGAGGACAACCAGGUUUUACAUGUGGUGGAAAGUGAAAAGGAGAUGGAAGGGUAUAGCAAAGAAGAGGUGUUGAGGGUGAUAAACCUUGCCCUUCAAUGUAUACAAGUUUCUGUCAGAGAUAGGCCAUCAAUGUCUGAGGUUGUGACAAUACGCUUAAGUAAAGAUGAGAGUGAUUUUCAGAAACCUUUGCAACCAUCAUUCAUGGACGUGGAGUACAAAGAAUUGAAAGAAUCAAAUGCAACAAUUACAGAAUCCCUUAAUGCUCAAUAA